UCAAACACAAACCGCAAAUGGGUUCUGGCGAUGUGGUUUUCGUUGAUGCGAUUUUCGUAAAAUAUUUAUCAUUGUUGAACCCAUUUCAAGUUGUCGCAAUAUAUUUAACUUACUUAUUUAAAUAAAUGCUGCAUGAAAAUUUUGCACUUGAGAUGAUUGAUUUGCAAGGAUAUGACUUUGGUUCUAUAGUACCUACCUAUUAAAAAGUUUUAAGUAUUCAAGUGGUUCAGGAAUUUGUGUUUUCACACGAUUAAAAUGACAACAUCGUCGGAGGACGUUCUUUUGAGCGUAGGGCACGUGCGGUAUAAGAAAGGUGAUGGGACUUUGUAUGUGAUGAACCAAAGACUGGCAUGGAUGUUGGAGAACCGGGAUACAGUUGCUGUCUCACACAAGUACGCUGAUAUUAAAACACAAAAAAUUUCACCAGCAGGGAAACCUAAAGUGCAGUUACAAGUAGUAUUACACGAUGGGACGUGUUCCACAUUCCAGUUUGUCAACCCGGGGGGCCCGGACGCUCAGGCGAAGGACAGGGACCAAGUUAAAAUGUUAUUGCAGAACUUACUGCCGAAGUUUAAGAGGCAGAUCGAUGGAGAAUUAGAAAUGAAAUCUAGAUUACUUUCCUUACAUCCUACUCUUAAGCAUUUAUAUGAAGACUUGGUGAUAUCAAAAGUUAUCAAUAGUGAGGAAUAUUGGAAUACUCCCACGUUGAAGAACUAUACCGAGUCUACUAGUAUGAAACAAGAAGCCGGUGUUUCCGGAGCAUUUCUAGCAGAUAUCCAGCCCCAGACAGAUGGCUGCAAUGGACUAAAGUACAAUCUGACACAGGAUAUAAUCGACGCGAUAUUCAAAACAUACCCAGCAGUGAGGAAGAAACACGUAGACUAUGUGCCCAAUAAGAUGACCGAGGCAGAGUUUUGGACCAAGUUCUUUCAGUCGCAUUACUUUCACAGAGACCGUAUAGCAUCGUCGUCGAGCAAGGACCUAUUCGGCGAGUGCGCAAAACUAGACGACCAAGCGAUCGCAUCGGCCAUGAGACAUACCACGCUGGAUCUCACUGUGGAUCUACCCCAAUUCACGGAGCCUGUCCCGCUCUUACCUGACGAGGAUACAGUGGAGAAGGAAAAGGACGGCACAUCGAUACACCGCAGCAUGAUCAAACGGUUCAACCAACACUCUAUUAUGGUGCUCAAAGCUAGUCAUAAACCAAACACAAGCACCAAUAGCAAUAGCAGUAGCAAAACAACGAAUAACAAUAACAAAGUGGUCGAGAAUGGAAUGAAAGAGAUCAACGGAGUGGAGAAGAGAACAGCACAAGAGAAGGACCCCACCGAGCCGGUAGAGAAGAAGAAGAGAAUAUUAGAGAAGAUACAUUACGAAGAUCUGGAUAGUGCCAACGUUGGUGAGAGUGCGCAAGAGUUGAAAUUAUCAAAAGUAGAAAGAUAUUUAUUAGGCCCGUCAUCACAAGUCAGCCAGUCCAGUGCGAGCACUAGUAACCCACCGCCGUUGUCUGCCUUAGCGUCUAUAUGUCAAGCGUGGUCAAGUGGUCAACAGUGUCAGAGGCCGCUGAGAGUGAGUGCGUCGGCGGCGGUGGGCGCGCUGGGGGAGCUGAGUCCCGGGGGCGCGCUCAUGAGGCAACACCACGCUUCGUGUAUGGCACAACUAAUACCGCCGGACGUGAAGAGCGAGCUCCACCGCAUCUACCUGUCGGGCGGCGAGUUGCUCCGCGAGCUGUGGCGCUGCUUCCCGCAGCCCGGCGCCGCCGCCGACGCCGAUGACGCGCCCGCGCGGGCUGAGAAGUUCUACGAGGCGCUGCUGAGGUUCAGGAACGUCAAGUUGAGGCCUUUCGAGGAAAAGAUGCUUCGCGAACUGACCCCACUAGCGUCGUCGUUAACUAAACACAUGAACCAAAUGAUUGACGCCGCGUGUACAAAGUACUCACUUUGGCAACAGAGGCAGGCAAAGUUGAGGUAGUACACGCCCAACUACAGCGUUACACCGUAUAUGUAGCGUUUGUGGACUGGAAUUCAGUGAUUAAAAUAUCAAACUUGGCACUUGGCAAGUAAAUUUAUACUGAUUAAAACUUUGAUAAAUUAAAAAGCAAUAACGACAGCCAAUUUCGUGAAUUCGGUGGUCACGAAAAGUUGAUAAAUAUAAAAUAAAACUUGGCGCUUGGCAAUGAGUUGGGUGACGGAUUAUAAAGGCCAAGUAAAUUCAUAGUAAUUGACUUGUAACGUUGAUAAAUUAAAAAGCGAUAGCGACGGUCAUUUUUAGUGAAAUACGUGAUUAAAAUAUCAAACUUGGCACUUGGCAUAGAUUCCUUGACAGAUUAUAAAGGCCAAGUAAAUUCAUAGUGAUUGACUUGUAAUAUUGAUAAAUUAAAAACAAAAACUGCAGUCAUUUUUAGUGAAAUAUGUGAUUAAAAUAUCAAACUUGGCACUUGGCAUUGAGUCCCUGACAGAUUAUAAAGGCCAAGUAAAUUCAUAGUGAUUGACUUGUAAUAUUGAUAAAAUAAACACAAAAACGACAGUCAUCUUUAGUGAAUUCGGUGGAUAAAUAUAAAACAUGGCACUUGGCAUUGAGUUAGUGACAGAUUAUAAAAGCCAAGUAAGUUCAUAGUGAUUGACUUGUAACGUUGAUAAAUUAAAUAGCAAUUACGACAGUUUUAGUAAAUUCAGUGGUUAAAAUAUAAAACUUGGCACAUGAUAUUGAGUUUGUGGCAGAUUAUAAAGACCAAGUAAAAUCAUAGUGAUUGACAAAUUAAAAAUCACUAACGAUAAUCGUUUUUAGUGAAUUCAUUAAUUAAAUAGUUGGUUAAUCUUGGCAUCGACGCUAAUAAAGGAUAUUAUUAAUUUGAGCAAGUAUGUUCAUGAUAAAUAUUAAACGAUCGACAAUAAUUUUCUGUCGAUACAGGGAAUAAAUAACAGUUAAAAUAUGGCACAGCCUAGUGUAAGUGAUUUGUUUUUGGAUAAUGGAUUUGAUCGUUUUACUGCCAAGUAUGCGGUAAAUAUUCGCCAAGUAAAGGCUACAUGAUUUCAAUAUGACUUUCGCCAAGUUUAUUGGUAUAAGUAAUAAUACUUUGCAGUGUCAAAACUAAACAGUGUUAAUACAUUAGUGUUAAAAUUUAACAGUGUUAUUCGAAGUACUUUUGCAAAGAGAGAGAAACAUUAUUAAAAUAGCGCAAAAUAUGUGUGAAAGCCUAACUAUAAUAUUGUAUCGCAAAUUAUAUCAUUUAUACGUACAAAACUAAAUUAAGACUUUAAAAUAUUUGGGGCGGAAUAUUCCAAAGACUUUGCAAUAUUUGGGACGGAAUAUUGCAAAGUGUACUUUAGAUUAUAUUGAUAACAACAGCUCAUUUUUCGUGUGACUUUGAAAUAGAGUAACUACACAAAUAAAUGUAUUGAAAUAGUUUAUAAUAAUCAUACAAGUUUGUAAGGUAUAUUAUAUUAACUGCCUGUGGUAACAUAUGAUUAAGUGUUAAGAGAAAUAGACAAAAUAUUGUCCACAGGCGGCGGAUUUGUCCUAGUUCCAUCUCUUUCGUCCCAUCGCAAUAAAAGAGAUAGCGGUAUAUCAGAUUGCACCGCCAUUGGUUGAAAUUUAUCAUUUUCUCUUCAAGAGCUUAACUUGUUAGUCGCAUGUUAGUGUCACAGGAUAUAACACAUGAUUAAUUAAAGUGUAUUGAAAAAGAAUUUAUUCGACUGAAAUAUAUUUCUAUAGUUUUUUUAAAAUAAUAGCGCCAUUUAUUCAAAAAAUUCUCAUUAAAAUAGAUAUUAAAAUUACAAAGUAAAAGUCUAAACUCGAAUAUUAAUAAUGCUAUAACAUCGCCUCUAUAAAUAAAACUUGACAAAUAUUGCUUGAAAAAAUUUAAGAAAAUGUUGUAAAAAAAUAAUAUACAUAACAUUUUUUGUAUUGUAAAGAUCUUGAUUAACUGUAAAUUAUAGUUAAAACAAAUUAUAAUUAAGUAGGUUUUUGUCGCGACAAACUUCUAGUACUUAUUAAUUACGGUCUUGCAAAGUCAAAUAGUAACAGUUUUCCGCUAUGAUGUUUUGUAUUAUUCGCAAGUGCUAUAACUUGGCAAGUUCUUUGAUGACACAACCAUGAUCUGCGGGCGACGGGAGAGGAAGGCCUUGGCGGGUAUGAGGUCGUGUGCGCGGGGCAUCGCUACCCCCCUUCCCUGCCCCCGCGGACCAUCGGGAGUGUCACGAACGAAUUUGCCAAGCUAUAGUUCCAAAUUCACCUCUGUUAUUCUCAUUUCGUAUUACACAGAGUGAUAGAGGUGAAUUCGAAACUCGUACUAGCGACUCGUAAUAACUUUAAUUUGCUUAUAGCUUGGCAAUAUUUUAAUAUUUGCAAUGUUUAUAAAAUAUUUGCUUAUAGACCUUACUUCCGCGUUGCUACGCUACUUUUGUUUGCAUAUAUAUAUAUGUGUAUACUUCUCAUAAAAUAAAUCGAAACAGUCCGCCUAAAAAAGUCGGAACAGAACUGUUUCGAUUUUUUUUUAUGAAAUAUAUAAACAAGGUCUAUUAAAUUAGCCAUGUUUAUGGUAGACCAGGAAGAUCACAUAAUUUUCGAAUAGAUUGAUAUUUAUUUGAAAAUACAAUCUUGCUCAAUUAUGUGGCGUUUGAGAUCGUACAAGAAGUUUGUCGCGGCCCAUAGAUUAUAAUUAAUGAAGGCAUUUCUGAAAAACCAAAUGACUGUUUACGUUUUUUGUACAUUUCCUAGUGUAUCACAAUAAUUAAUAUUAUGUAAAAUAAUUCAUUUUAAAAGAAUAUUUGAUUUACAUAUUUGAUUUGUAAAAUUGUAUUUUCCAGCAUUAAAAUUGACCAAUAAAAUCGUCUUUAUCAUUUAAGGGCAAGUGGUAUAAAAAUUAAAUUAUAAUUUAAGUAGGUACUAUUAAAUUUAGGACGUUAGUUUUGGUUAAAAUAAAAAAAAAAUAAACACUGGUCAACUGUAUACUAUCGUUCCUUUUAAUACAUAAGUUUAACAAAAAAAACAAAAAAUAAAUUGUAAUAAUUUAUUGACAAUAAUCAGUUAGGUAUAUGUAUAAAUAAUAUUAUUCUGGUCGCACAAUACUGUAUAUUGUAAUAUUGAAAAUUCGAAUGAUGUCCUUUAUAUUAUUGGUAUAAGCAUUUGAUUUUAAAUUGCAUAUCAUAUUGCAAAAUUAAUUUAUUAAAAAAUCUUUGUUAUCCUCAAAAAUCGCUAAAUGCAUUUAGUUUCUUCUUUUUAGUUCUGCUAAAGUGCUAUUUACGGUAAACUUUUAUGUAAAAACUAUACACUGGUAAUAAAACUUUGAUUAAUAAGUUUAAUUUAAUACACUUUGUAGAAUUCCAUUACUAAGACUAGACACUGUUGUACGUCACAAGGUGUAUUAAGAACAUAUUAAAAAGAGGUAAAGUUUGUGGUGUUGUAGGAGGUAAUCUCUGGAUCUACUGACCCGAUUUUGAAAAUCAAUUUGUCACUAGAAAGACACGUUAUUUGUGAGCUAUUUUUAGUUAGAACGCGGGUGAAACCGUAGACUAGUCUUAAUCAAGUGAAACCCCUAUAACAGAGCAAUCACUCGCAUACAAAGAACACUUUAGGGGGUUAUUAAAUGUGGUAUGUUGUGAUUGGAACUUGAAUAAGUGGUUGGUCAUUUACUAAAGCUUAGGAACAUUAAAAAAUCACAUUGAAUGUUGAAAGCUUGGAGAGAAAAAAAAGGCUACUCGGAUUACUCGUUUUACGCAGACGAUAUCGCGAGCAACAGCUAGUAAAAAAGUGCGACCAGUUUAAAUGUUAAAUGGAAUUUAAAAAUACGUUACCACAUCGUCGGUUAGGUUCUACUAUUCCUAUGAUUAGUUAUUGUUUUGGUUAAGAUGUACAAUUAAUUUAAAAUUAUGAAUUUGAAUGAUAAUGAUGCAGUGACCUAAUUAUCAUACGUGGUUAUCAAAGUAACGUCACGCUAUUUAAUUUCGCAUCGAUCGAUUUUUAAACAACGUUGAAUUCACGCAACGACUUCAAAUUAUUACACUCUAAGGGUUCCCGCAUACGGGCCAUCGGCCACAACCACAAAACGCCCGCACCGGCCACAACGCCGCCACAGGCGAUUAUGAUACUGUAUGUACAUUGGAGUAUCUAGGAUUAUAUCCUGGGAUGGGCCUAAAUAUCACUGACUGAGUCGACACUCAAUAUAAAAAUUUCGUUAGCAAUAUUUGUGGACGCAGACCACUGAAACGGCUCGACUUAUUUAUUAUUUUUUCUUUGUAUCUAUGGUAGGUAUCAGAAAAGGUCAUAAUAUAUAUUUCAAAAUCUUUAAUACUUUAGGUUUUUCUUUAUUAUAAGCUGUAAUUGUAAUUAUUUGAUAUUUUAAAUGAUAUUUUGUGAAAAAUUAUUAGUAUUUCGGCGUCCAUCUUACAAUUUCAAAUUGGUAGCCCAGUAUCCUUAAGUGGGCACUGGACUAUUCCAAGGUGGGCCCUAUAUACGCCUAUGUGUAUGUAUGGUUAAAAAAAGUAGCAGCCACCGACCACAAGUGUCGACCACCGACCACAAGUGGCUGUUGCGCGCUUCAGCAAUUUUUGUGGCCCUUUCUUGCUUCUGGUAGCGGCGUUUGUGACUUUAGUGGUUGGCCCGUGUGCGACGACACUUAGGUAUGUCAUAUGCGCAUAUCAUAUACAUAUUCACAUUCAAUGACUCACCCAAAGAACUAUAAUACAGCUUCGAAAAACGAUGUGUUUCAUUGUUGUACCUAAAUUAUCUUAUUGUAAAAUCAACCAGCAUAUUGACACAAAACACUUUGUAGUUGAGUGUAAUAUUGCAAGGUAUACUUUGUUUAGAUCGGAAAGGAGGUAAUUCUUACUUAUUUAUAUUUCUAGCAUACGUCCUGCGGUUUCACUAGUGUAGUGCCCGUUCCCCUGAGGGAAUACGGGAAUAAAAUAAAGCCUAUUACACUCACAAAUAAUGUAGCUUUCUAUUGGUAAAAGAAUUUUCAAAAUCAGUUCACUAAAUCCAGAAAUUACCCGCUACAUUUCACAAACUUUACUUUUUUUUAAUGUUAUGUUCAAAUGAAAGCUUUUUUAUUAUUAACGCUUUCACGCGUAAACUGAUUUUACAAAUUCUUUCAAUAACGGAAAGCUUCAUUGUUUGCGAGCACCAUAGGCUAUAUUUUCAUCCCGUAUUUCCUCGAGUAUGGUAUCUACGUGAAACCGCGGAAUUUACCCGCGUAAGCGCGGAAUUUUACAAAGUAAACUUGGCAGUCUUAAUAUUAUGGUUGGUUUAAGAUCUGUACUGUAUGUUUAUUUAUUGAAACUGCCAAUAUUUUAUUAUACUGAAUUUUAGUUUGAUUGAUACUCAUGUUUUAAAAUUAAUAAAAUUUGUAAAUAAACAGUAUUGUUAA